GUGUGUGCGUGUCUGAAUGCGAACAAGUUGAUAUUGUUAUUUUUUUUUGUAAUUUUUCCUAACAUAUUUGAAUUAAGCUCUGGAAGUAAGCCGGAGUUACGGCGAGUGAGGCAUCUUUCAGAGCCGCCCGAGGGAAAGAAAAAGACUUUCCACCACAGCGGAGACUCUAAUGAACUCGAAAAUAACAAGUUUGCUACGUACUACCUUUGAAAACAAGCCACAUCUACGCAGUUUAACGGAUUUCGGUGUAUCAUUUUUUUUUCGACACAAGCUAACUUGAAGCUAGAGUGUGCAGCUGCUCACGCUUCUUUUUUUUUUUUUUGUGUGUGUGUGUUUGGCAGUUUGCAGUCAAGUGAUAGUCCCGUGUGCCUUCUUAUAAAUGCUUAUAUAAAGUUGCUCACGUUAGCUAAUGAAGUCGUAGUCAACGUCACAUAAGAAACAGUAAUAAGAGCGUAAUUGUGGGGGAUAAGCCAUAAGCCACUCAGAGAAAAAAUGCUAAAGACGCUGACUAAGAAGCUAAGAAGACAUUCACUCAAUGAAAUACAUCCUUUCCAACUGAAGAUUUCUUACCAUGGCAGUGGAGAGGGAGGGGAGAGCGAUGACUCCGAGGGGGAGAACCAGGAGCUUGCACAGAUUGACAGAGAGAGACGGAGAAAUUGUGCCCUCACCCCCUUGGCCACAAGCCAGCAGCACAACCAGGGUCCCCUCUCUCCUGCCCGGUUACGCCGCCUCCGCCUCCUUUUAGAUGCCAAUCUGGAUCGGCACUCUUCAGAGGAAGAGCUCGAGCGAAUCAGCUGCGGUGAAAACAGGAAGUGGGUGUCGGCGCUUCCCCAGCGCCAUGGCGAUCACCACAGCAGCGCCUCCAGUGAUGAGGAGGUGCGGGACCUCUGUGGCUGUGGGUCACCGGCUGCCUCUGCCAGGCCGCUGGUUGAGCCGGGUGCAUGCCUGGCUGCCUCCCCCAGCCCUGUACUCUUCAGCUCCAGUCCACCACGUAGCCUCAAGCCACCCCCCAUGCGCUUUCAGCUGCAGGUGGUGCAGCCAGUGGUACGGCCCAUCAUUUUGACUCACUUCGACCAGUCAGCACCUUACAGAAAGUAUCGGCACAGUUACGGCGGGGAGCUGGGGAGGCCCAGUCUGGACCUGGAGAAAAUGCAACAGAAAAUGCUGUUGAAAAAGAACUGUGGAGGGAAAACGCGGACUAUAAAGAUUCGGAAUCUGACAGGCAGUCGUCCUCCGCCCAGGUACACCUACGAUCCCUCCAUCUUCGCCUUCCGCUCCUUGAGCACCGCGCCCCCCUGCAGCCCCAUGACCCCGUCCGAGGAUCCUCCCUGCUCAUAAGGAAAUUCAUCCGCCACCAGAUACUCCUCUCCCUCCUCUCUUCAUUCCCAGACGGCUGCUUUUUUUUUCUUUUCUUUUUUUUUUCGCGGCUUCUGCAGCAAGGCCAAGGAGCGGCUGUUGCGAAACUGACUGCUAGAAAGACGUUUGUUUGAUGAGCGAACUAUUGCACACUCAGGUAAUCCCACCCUGUAACGCUGUCACUUUGAUCAUUGUUCUCCACAUGAAAUCAACAGGAACACUUUGAGUAUAAAACGGCCUAAACACGACAUUUCUAAGGAUGCUUCAGGUAUUGUAUGUAUAGCUCUCUCUGAAAAGAUCCUGUGAUUGGAGGAAGAAUGGUCAAGAAACAAACAUGGACUGUGGACCAGAGGUGGUACAAAGGGACAAGACCAACCAUUCUGAUGCCUGGAUUUAGCUCUGGGCUGGAUCAAUGUUCAAGGGAAAUAAUGCAUGUAAGACAAUCAAAUUGUUCCACGGUUUCUUCCUUUGAUGUGAUUACUGGACAUCUUGUAAGGUGCUUGAUAACUAUAUAUACUACACAUGGCGAGGUGAGUCAUCUGAUAUCUUGUUAUUGUUGAGAUGAACAUAGACAGUGGUCACAUUUGUCUGUCUGAAAAACUACUUCUUUGGAUGUGUUAUUGAAUAUGCAGGUCAUGACGAGCUAUAACGAACAUGUAUGUAGUUGAAUAGUUGACCUUUGACGAUGUACGUUUCUUAAUGGGUUUGUCACUCUUAGUCCAGGCAGUGAGUUAAGUAUCCUCUUUCCUUGCAUGAAAGCCACUGUUUUGCAGAAAGAGAGGUAUGUGAACAUAAGGAUGAGAAUAGUUUGCUGCACAUUUGGCAAGUGUAAUUGGUCCUACUUGUAGUGUGCCACCCCCCCCCUCACUACUUUCUAGGUAGAAGAGGACCACUGGUAUAUCUAAGACAUCCCAGUGUUUUUUUUUAAAGAUCUCUUAAUGCCUUGAAAUCACAUUCCUGUCGUAUUGAAUGAAACUUGAGGUAGUUCUCUGCUCCUGAAACGAGCUGGUCAAUUCAUUAAACACAACAUCACCACUGUAACUAAGAUUUCGCCGAAGUGAAUGUAACAUUGUGACACGUUUUCGUCCAUUGUUGCACAAAACAAAUCAAUAAAUGCCCUGUGGCCUCUUGUUUA